GUGGGGUAUACCGGAUCUUUAAACCCGAAUGUUGUGUAAUUGUGAUGUAGGAGAAGUCGAUAAAAAAUGAGUUGUGAUGCGGCAUCCAAUCCUAUUCUCUUGAGAAUUCAACCAAACCACAUAAUAUUCUGCCUUCAAUAUUACUAUAUUAUGCCAAAAAUGAUAGUAAUAAAGCAACGAAUUCAUCAAUUGAAACAAUGUGGUUGUAAUGAAAUUAGUUAACAAUGAAAACAAAAAUCAGAAUGUUUAUUGACUUUCUAGCUAAAUGAUUGUGAGGAUCUUUUCGUGGAAGAGUUUUUUUCCCAUUACUCUAUCGUAGUGAGCAUCCGUUAAAUUAACAUAACCAACGUAUUUUAUCAUAUCUAUGGCAUUACACCACCCGCACCUCACAACAAGCUCACGAGCUCAACCCACGUCUACGAAAAGCGCGCGAGUAUGUGAGCGGCGUGCGUGCGCGCGCGCGUCAGUAGACUCGCUCGACCAAACAGUUUUCCCACAACGUCCGUGUCCUUCUCUUCCUCCUCAUCUUCCAGCUCGUCGAUCACACUUACGUCCCUUCAACGCGCAGGCGCACACGUGACGCCACGCUCGCCUACCUCGGGAUAAACAUGGCCCUCGCAGAAAACGGGUCGUUCAGUCAGAGUUCGAAUGUCGAUAGAUGCUGAUCUUUCUUCCCGCUGCGACAGCUUUCGAUUAGAUCUACGCACGGUUUCAGGCGUUAACGUCACUGAAGUUUAUACUGUUUAUUUUGGUUUAGAAUUACCAGCAGAUUUUCGACUGGAUACUGAAUACACACGAGUUGCUGGCUGACACUCUUCGGAAAAAAAGUCAGAUGUUCUGAGUUCCAGAGGUUGUGACUGAACCCGGAGAAAAGACACGACAUGGCGGACAUGACAACAGCUCUUCCGCUAGUGCCGAACAUCACCAUGAGUCUUCUGGAAACACUGUUCCUCAACACAACACCCGGUUCUAGAACGAGCCCCGUUUCGUAUGAAUACAACACCGUCUCAGGACAACAGCCAGAUUUGAACGUAUUCCUUCCACAAGACGCUCUUGACUACGACGGCAUGGACUCCUCCACAACACUUUUCUCGGACAAUUUUUCUUCUCCUGCCCCUAACGCAACUCUUGGGAAAGCGAUGUCUUUCGCGAGUACUGUUGCUUUCCCUUUGAUCUUCAGUAUUAUCGUUCUUGUCGGCAUUGCGGGCAACUGCCUCGUUAUUGUGGUAAUUCUGAGAGACUCCAAAAUGAGAAAGUCGAAAACAAACUUGUUGAUUAUUAACUUAGCUGUGGCCGACGUGACUAUUAUGACAUUCGGGAUACCAGAGAUAGCAAUGUUCGUGAUGAACAGAGGCUGGUUGCUGGGCUUAACGGCCUGCAAGCUGAACAGGUUCACUUUGGUGUUUGCUCUCUACUCAUCUGUGAUCUCUUUGGUGAUUCUUUGCUGUGAAAGGUUCAUCGGCAUAGUUUUCCCCUUCAAAGUCCGGGAGCUGUGUACUCGGAAGAAAAUUGUUGGAAUAAUCAUGGUUACCUGGCCUGUAUCUGCACUCUGCGCACUCCCAGUGUUGCUCUACAACGUCACCGUACAGACAGGGCCAAACAUGGAGCACUGCAAGAUUCUACUUCCGGGGUCAAACAAGCGCAGGAGUUUCCUCCUCUACAAGUACCUGGAGGCGGCGUUCUUCUACUUCCUGCCCAUGCUCAUACAAGUUGUUCUGUAUUCCAUAACCUGCAAACGACUCUUCUCCAGCAACAAACAACUUAGCACCAAGCUACAGAGCAGUCGCUACAAGACAAACGGGAGAAACAAGGACGACGACUCGGACACUAAAAAAGCCCGGAUUGGAGUUGUAAAGAUGCUGAUCGCCAGCGUAUCCUUGUAUUUCAUCAGUUACUCACCCCUCCAGAUUCAUUUGAUCUACUCGACGUUCGCUCGGUCGAGCAUCCUUCAGAGCUGGGAAUUUUUCGCCUUCGUUAUGAUCAUCACUCACGUCAAUUCUGCAGCCAAUCCCAUUCUGUAUGGGAUCUUUAGCCAAAACUUCAGGCGGAACUUUAGGAGGUGUCUUCAUUCCGGCUGUAAGUGCGACCAGGAAGGUUACUUGAGGGCUAGACUGGACACUGGUGACUCCAGGCAUAUGUCUACACGUUCAUCAAGUACGAGCAAAAUGCUGACUGACGUUUCUAAACUUUAAUAUUAUACAUCAUGUUUUUAAAUGAAGCUUGGAUCCUUCGUGUUGUGAGGACCUCGAAUGUGAACUAAAAGACAUUGACAACAGUUACUGCUAUUUUUCUACACAAAAGGUCACAAACGAUAAUUUCCUAUAACUUCGAUUUGAUCCAACACGCAAUCAGUGCUCUAGUAGGAAUUCAGAAUACUCUGGAAUCCUUCACUGCAUAAGAUUAUUGUUAAUUAAUAUUAUUGCUCGUUAUUUUGUUCGUUAAAAAGGUUGACUUUGGAAGAAUGAACAUCCAUUUCAAAUAAAAAUCACAUUUUCACCUUAACUUAAAAGGGAACGAUUUGUAUCAAACACAUUCUCUUGUACUAAGAUUUGUUGAAUAUUGUGUUUAGCGCGAUGUUGUGAUUAAUAAAACGUCAUGUCAAUGAGAAUGCAACACUCAGAUGUGACUAUUUCGACAGA